AACGCAUUCUGCAUUCUUCUCACAAGGGCGGAGCUAUUAAAUAUUACACAAACUAACCAGCCAGGGUAUACCGCCGGGAUCCAACACCUCGCCCAACCGACCUCCUUUUCUGGUACAUUUGCUUCUUCCCAAAGAUCCAUAAAGAAAAAAGAGCAAGGGGGAGGGAGAGAGCUGGAAGCCGAGCACUGUGAUCGAUCCAUUGCUUGUGCGCUCUACCUUGCGGGCAGGUUUUGUUGCGGUAGACAAAAAAAAAAAGACAAAAAAUGGUGGUACAGUCCUAAGAAAUCCCUAUUCCCCAAGACCAACCACCCCGCAUGCAACGGUUUAUUCGUAAGGAUCGUAAGAAUGGUAUGUAUGAUUGCAGAACUUUGUAAGCUACAGAGUCUGCAUAGUGACAUUGGUACAACAAGGAAAAUAUUUUCAGCUGUUCCUCCAAUCUCGCACAAGGGGCUAGCUUAG